AUGGCAGAGUAUAGCUAUGAAUUUGAAGAUGGGAUGAAGAUGAUAGAGGAAAUAACGCCGAGUAAACACGAGGAGAUAUUAGGGCAAAUACUACAUAGAAAUGCAGGAACGGAGUAUCUGAGCCGAUACCUCAAUGGCAAAACUGACAAGACACACUUCAAAAGCAAUGUCCCCAUUGUUGCUUACGAAGAUAUUAAGCCUUACAUUGAUCGGAUUGCCAGCGGCGAGACGUUAAAUAUCCUUUCGGCUGAUCCGGUCGUCGAGUUCUAUCGAAGGCGUGAAUCUUUUUAUUCUGAUCUGUUUUUUUUCUCUCUCCAAGUGUUUCAUCCGUUGAUCAUCCUCAUUCAAUCUCGUUUGUUUUGCAGUAGUGGAACCUCAGGAGAGAAGCCAAAGCUGAUACCUGUCACGGCUGAAAUUCUUAAUCUAAGGCACAAUCCAUUUACCGCUACUUUGGUGACUUUGACAAAGAAGGUAAAAAGAUUGGAGCUUAUUUUCACCAAACCAGAUACUGAAACUCCUUGUGGCCUCAAAGCAAGUUCUCUGUCAACAAGCCUGUACAAAGAAGAUGGCUUUAGGAACAUCAUCUCCCAGCAUCAUACAAGCCCUUUUGAAGCAAUCUUUUGCUCAGACCCCAAACAAAGCAUGUAUUGUCAUUUACUCGCGGGUUUAAUCAGGCGAGACGAGGUUAGAAUCAUUUCUGCAGCCUUUUCAGCAGCACUGCUGAGAGCAAUCAAGUUCAUAGAAGAUUACUGGACAGAGUUAUGCUUCAACAUAAGAUCAGGCCAACUUAGGGACUGGAUCACCGACUCCGGUUGCAGAAACGCGAUUCCGUCCACAAUGGAGCCUAAUCCUAAAUCGGCCGAAUCGAUACAGAACAUAUGUAGUUGUAAAUCAUGGGAAGGCAUAAUCAGAAAGCUUUGGCCUAAUGCAAAGUGUAUUUCUGCCAUUUCUACAGGUGUUAUGAGUUAA